CCUGCCUCCCCCCUAUCCUGGGUGGGUCCUCCCUCUAACGAGCUCCUGCCCUCCAACAGACCACUGCCAGGGCCCCACCGGGCCCACUGGGGCCAUCUCGGCCCCCCCCAACCACCAUGUCCCCUUCAGGCAUAUAGUCCCUGUCGUCCCACCAUCAGAGGGCUCAUUAGAGGGAGGUGUGGGUGCUGUCUCACAGGACCCUCAGUACAAAGGGGAAGACUCUUGCUUGGGAUCUCAGGGAGUGUGGGAUGGAGCAGGAGUGGGAGCACACCUGAGCUCCUGUGGCCACAGAAUGGGCACCCAGCACCUUGUGUGUGGGGUGACUUCUUGGAGGGGGGCUGUCAGAGAGGUGGCCAGUGAGGGGGUGAAUGGACACCUCAGGCUGGAGGCUGCAGACUCUCCCGGUAUCUGGCCUGGAUGUAUGGGGACUGGAGGGGGACUCUGGGCCCCCCGUGGGGAGAAAGGAGCUGGGGCUGGGCCUGGGGCCCUAGGAGAGCUGAGGAUGCCGAGGCUACUCUAAGGGCCAGAUUCAGUACAGGGAGCUAACUCUCCACUCUACCAGUUCCUGCCCACAUCCUGCCCCUGGGGCUGAGAGCAGCAGCCUCUGGAGGGGCAGUGGGGGAGGGGGACCACUGGAUGCCUGCUCGGUGCUUUGGGCGCAGCCUGUGCCAUGCUCCUGAGGUUGUCCUGAAGGGAGAGAAGGAGAAAAGGAAGGGGCCCUAGUGCUCCGUGGUUGCUCACCUCCAGGCAGCCCUGGAAGACACUGGCCCCACUCCAGUUGAUGCAUUUGGAGAGGGCCUUGGUAGGCCCCAGGACCCCUGGGGUUCUGGGAGGCUUGUUCCCAUGCCCCCGGCCACUCCGAAGACCAGUCAUGGCAGAGCCAGCUGUGGGCUUGGGGUUGAGAGGCGGAGCCGAGCUGCCUGUCCCACUGUUUCUUCUUUGCUUGUUGCCCUCUCCACGCUGACGGAGCUCCCGUGAGACAGGUGUUGCUACUUCUCGUCUACCUUCAGGGUCUCUCAGCUGGAUCUCCUCCUGGGCUUUGUGCGUUUGCGAAGUUGCUGUGCUCAUUCCUCAGUGCUGAUCAUUCCCCCUCAGAGCCCCGGUCGUCUGCAACUGUGUGCACGCCCGAAGUGCAUCACGUGGAUUGUGCUCUGCCUCAGGCCCUUUAUUUUUCAUUGCAGGGAUUUUUUAUUAUUUCUUGUUCAUUCAUCCGUUCUUGUUUCAUCUCUAUCCGUCGAGUCGUUCGUUCUCGUUCUUGCUUGUGGAUGCUAUUCCUUUUCUCGUCUCUUUAAAGAUCCUAAAUGUCUUUGAAAAGCAUUAUGAGAUUAUUACCUUCAUGUCUUCCCGAAUGAAUGAAUCUCCGUAGUUUGGGUGCUGUUGCUUAUCUUAGCUUGAGUUUUUCUCCUGUGCUUCGCAAUUGCGGUUUGCGGGCUCAUCAUAAGUGGGACCUGAGGCCCUGGAGACGGGGAGUGACCGUACACUUGGGGAGCAGCUGGCUCUCAGCAGUCUCCUGGGACAGUUCCUCCUUCAAGGCCCCCUUCUAGAAGCUCAGGACCCUUCUGGGGCCAGGCUCAGCAGCAUGAGGCACAGAGCUCCCUGUGAUGCAGCAGCUGGGAUGCUGCUUGGCCCAGAGUAGGCGCUGGUGUAACGUUUGCUGUGAGAAAGUGAUGGUAAGAGUCUCGGGCCAGGAUUCUGGAGCCCAGGACUGCGCUGAGCAUGGUUAUGCCGGGUCCGAGUCCUGACACUGGGCCUGGUCUGUUGCGCUGUGCCGCACCCAGGGACAAAGGUAUGGGGUCCUGCCUAGAAGCUAGCAGGCACCUCCGUCCAGCAGACUCUGGGAACACAGACGCCAUCUACGCAUGUGUACAGAAAGCCUUGCUAGUGUGACUUACAAUGAGCCAGAAGUGGGCCAGGAAGUAUGUGGGUUUUGAUUAAAUGGAGUUUUAAUUAAAGUGGCCAGGUUGGUGGGGGUGAGGAGGUAGGCUGGAAGAAGUAACAGUUAGUUCUGAUCUAUCCGGGGGGAAUCCUGCGGGGUUGUCCUCUCCAGGCUUAUCGUGCACGUGUCUCUAUUUUUGAUGGGACAGAUUCUGCCCUCUGCCCUGUCCCCAGUAAGGGAUAAUCAGGGGGAAAUAUUACAUUAUUACCAUUUAAUUUCCUUUCCUGGCUAGCAACAGAUGACUCAAGAAUUAAUUAGAUAGAGCCGACAGAAAGGGAUAGGAAAUUGCCAGACCCUGGCUCCACCCCUGUCCCUCUCCCCUUGGGCCUCAGACCUUCCUGUCGCGCUAGGAGGCCUCUGAAGGGAGGGAAGCCGCGAGGGGCCAGGAGGCCCCAGGAAAUCUUCCUGCUGCUGUGUUUUCCAUGAGCAUUUCCCUCAGCUCUAUUCCCCCCUUUCAUGCUCUUGGAAAGGCUGGGAGAGGUCGUUAACCUCUUUAGGACUUCGCUUCCUCAUCUCUAAAAUGGAGCUCAUGGGGCCAGUGAGAACAGAUGACCCCCUUGCCACCAUGCUCUCAUAUUGUGAGCUCCCAAGCAGGCCGCCCACGCUAAGAGGGUCUGGAGUAGAGUCCUGGCAUCCAGGGAGGGUGCAGGGCUCGGUGGCUCAGUGGUGGCCGGAGCCGAGUGACACAGGUUCUCUUGAGCUGUGUGUGCUACUUCACAUUUCUUGUCAAUGACACAUUAGUAGCUUGACAUUGGCUCCACUGGGAGCAUUUACACCACGAAAGCCUGACAAAGGUCGCAAGUCAGGGUGCCCCGACCCCCUGGGCUGUUUUGCCUAUCCAUGGCUGGGAAGCUCCCAACCUUCCCGCAGAAGAGCUCCAGUAGGAGGCUGUUCAGCCCUCUUCCUGCCUUGUCUGUCCCCUGGUGCCUUGGGUUGCACGGAUGUUCUCGGCUUGGGGCUGGCACUCUGGUUUGACAGAUGCCCAGGCUGCCUGUGGGGCCAGGCCAGUCUUACCCCAGGAUGUGCCGGCAGCAGCGGGAGGAGCCCGCAGGAAUGCUCUCAGAAGGGCAGAUGGGGAGCCAGAUGUGCAAAGAGGCAGCCUUUCAGGACCCAGCUGUAAGGGGCAUUAGGUCCUUGCAGGACUGAUAGGGGCAAGAGGAGCUGACCAGGAGGACCCGCUGCAUCCAGUGAGAGUGGGAGGGCACCGCAGGUACAGUGACUUCAGUGUCGUCAGGAAGAAUGUCGCUACUAGGUGCUGGUGACCAUGGGAGCCCAUAGCACAGAAGGUGGUAGGGAGGCCCUGAGGACUGGGGCUAUGCAGGCAGGUACUCGGGGCUGCCAGGAGAGCCUCACCAAACACAGGGCCGGGUUAGGCCCCUCAAAGGCCUUGCCAGUCCAGGCAUCCUGGCUCAUGGAGUCAGCCUGGCCUCCAGGACAGGUGCUGGUAGUGUGACCCCACCAGCAGUGCUCUGGGCAGUGGGGUAGGGCAGGCCGGCCUCAGCGCCGCAGAAAUGUGAUAUGUAUUUGGGUCAAGUGGACUGCCAGGGCUCCUGCCUCAUCCUCCCCCAGGAAGGACCCUCGGAAUCUUGACAGUGGUCUGGGGCCAAAUUAGGCUACUAGCCUGGGCUGGUCUGAUUGGCAGACGCUGCGGCACCUCUUGAUGCCAAGUCCCAUGGAGAGGCCAAAGUCGGGUGAGGAGGGUGGUGGGUGACGGUGAAGAGGGUAGAGCACAGACAGCAGGCGGCAGGGUCCCUGAGGCUUAGCGGGCCUGGCCAGACCCCACUGGACCGUGGCCUGCUGCCUCUGCUGCUGGGCCUGGGAGGCCCCGGAGUAGCAGGCAGUCUUGGGUCUGGCACUUCCCUUUGCCGAAUAAAAAUUGGACCCUGGACACCCAGCUUCUGCAGUUGGGGGUUCCCUGGUGAGUGCUGCUUCGGGCUCUAGGCCAGGGACACUCUGGGACCAGGGACAGUACCAGGAGACUUGGUCUCAUCGUCCUCUGCCACUGCCAUGCUUUGUGGGCAGCUGGCUGGCAAAUACCCUGUGUAUAGCGGGCACUUGGGAUUCAUUCAGGCCCCCUUGGUAGUGGGCCGCGCCGGGCCUGGGGAAGCCCACCGCGUCUGCCGCAGGCUGCGGGAGCCCUCCCUCUUCAGGGACUUCGCCUCCUCUUCUCUGUCCUGUUUCCUGGGGGUGGGUGUUCUGUUCCAGCCUCCCGGUAGGCGCAGGGACCAGCCCUCAGGUGCAGUCCGGCGCACUGGAGUUAGGAGACUUGUGUUUCUCUGUUGCAGCCCCCUGUCACCUCCUGGAUGGGGCGGGGGGAGCCUGGCCCUGGGAACAUGGGAAGGGACCAUGAAUCACCUUCUCCCAAGGUUCCCAGGCCUGCUCUAUCCCUUGUGUCCUGGAGGAGUGAAAGAGGACACACUCUCCCGAGUCACGUGUGGGCGGAGGAAAGGCAGGUUCCAGCCUCUUGUCCCCAUGCAGGCAGGAGCUGCGGCCUGCGCGCACCUGGGGCCCCGGGAGGGGCCCGGGACAGGAGGAGGGGGUGGAUUUGGCAUGAGGGGACGCCACGAGGCAACACCUAUGAGUGUGACAGGUGGGGGCAAAGGCAGUGGGGAGCAGCCCCCAGGCCGAUAGGGGGAGAUGGAAACCAUUUCACAAGCUCAAGGGAACCCUGGGGGUUUGGACUGGGGGAGCCCAAGACCUCGAAUUCUGCCUGUGCUUCUGCGGGGUUUAAUUCCUUACACCUCUCUGACAUUUGACUCUGGGGGAGCUCUUUCAGGUCUACUUCCUUCCUUCUCAUGGAAUCUUGAGUGAGUGCCGCCGUGGUCCCCAGAGGCUCUCUGGGGUCCAGUCUCCUCAUGGUAUCAAUGAAGAACCUGAGGCCUAGAAAAGAAAAAAAAAAAAAAAAAAAAUCCUUGCCUGCAGUUCUCCGGCAAGUGCCGGCUGAGCCCUCUGCUUUCUGCCUAGCACGACACGAAGUCUGCCCUGGCAUUAGCCAGGCAGAGGAGCAGGUUGGGGAGCGGCCGUGGGAGGAGGGAGGAGAGGAGGGCGCUCCCCGCCCAGACGUGCAGGCAGCCAGCAGGGGCUGCUGAGGGGCGGCUGCCUUUGUGCUUGCUCCUCCACGCUGUAUGGCAUCACCAGCGAGGGCAUGGGGGCUCACCUGCCGGCGGCAGCGGGACACGGGACCAGAUGGGCCACCCAGGUCCUUCCAGAUCAGAGCUCUAGGCAUCUCUGGGCUUCUCUUUAACCCAGCGGCCUAGGUGCCUCGGGGACUGCGAAGCUGAGCUGAGCCAGGAUGCUGCUAGAGCCUCUGCAAAGGGUCUGGUUUCUGGAGACUUGGAGUUGGCUGUGAAAAAGCCCUUGGGGGUUUUCCCCUCCCAGGCAGGGACGCUCUUGGCUCCUGUGAAGAAGGGGCUCAGGGGCCUGGGCAGGGCCAGCUGCGCUGCAGCUAUGGACCGUGAGCUGGCCUGGCCCGCGUCCUUGCUGACCCUGCCUGUCUGCGGCCAUGCCCACCAUGGGCUUCUGGGUGUACAUCACGGUGGAGCUGGCCAUCGCCGUGCUGGCCAUUCUGGGCAACGUGCUGGUGUGCUGGGCCGUGUGGCUGAACAGCAACCUGCAGAACGUCACCAACUACUUUGUGGUGUCCCUGGCGGCCGCCGACAUUGCUGUGGGAGUCCUCGCCAUCCCCUUCGCCAUCACCAUCAGCACGGGGUUCUGCGCUGCCUGCCACAGCUGCCUCUUCUUCGCCUGCUUUGUCCUGGUCCUCACGCAGAGCUCCAUCUUCAGCCUCCUGGCCAUCGCCAUUGACCGCUACAUCGCCAUCCGCAUCCCACUCCGGUACAAUGGCUUGGUGACUGGCACAAGGGCCAAGGGCAUCAUUGCGGUCUGCUGGGUGCUGUCGUUCGCCAUUGGCUUGACUCCCAUGCUGGGCUGGAACAACUGUGGUCAGCCAAAGGCGGGCCAGAACCAGUCAGAGGUCUGCGGGGAGGGCCAGGUGACCUGUCUCUUCGAGGACGUGGUACCCAUGAACUACAUGGUGUACUACAACUUCUUUGCCUGUGUCCUGGUGCCCCUGCUGCUCAUGCUGGGCGUGUACCUGCGGAUCUUCUUGGCAGCCCGGCGGCAGCUGAAGCAGAUGGAGAGCCAGCCUCUGCCGGGGGAGCGGGCUCGGUCCACGUUGCAGAAGGAGGUCCACGCGGCCAAGUCGCUGGCCAUCAUUGUGGGGCUCUUCGCCCUCUGCUGGCUGCCUCUGCACAUCAUCAACUGCUUCACCUUCUUCUGCCCCGAGUGCAGCCAUGCCCCGCCCGAGCUCAUGUACCUGACCAUCAUCCUCUCCCACACCAACUCUGUCGUCAACCCCUUCAUCUACGCCUACCGCAUCCGGGAGUUCCGCCAGACCUUCCGCAAGAUCAUUCGCAGCCACAUCCUCAGGCGGCGGGAGCCCUUCAAGGCGGGUGGCCCCAGUGCCCGGACCUUGGCAGCCCAUGGCGGUGACGGAGAGCAGAUCAGCCUCCGCCUCAACGGCCAUCCUCCCGGGGUGUGGGCCAAUGGCAGCGCCCCCCAGCCUGAGCGGCGGCCCAACGGCUACACCCUGGGGCUGGUGAGUGGAGGGAGUGCCCAUGAGGCCCAUGGGGACAUGGGGCUCCCCGAUGUGGAGCUCCUCAGCCACGAGCUCAAGGGAGCAUGCCCAGAGUCCCCCGGCCUUGAGGGUCCCCUGGCCCAGGAUGGAGCAGGCGUGUCCUGACGAUCCACUGAGUUUGCCCCUUCCUACAGAAGGGAGAUCUUUCUCUUUGGUGGAUGGAACCAGUCACGUUGGGAGAAGAGUGGGCCUGGAGACCCUUUUCAUGGCCAGCUCCCACUUUGGACUGAGAGGCGAGAGCCCUGGCUGGAGCAGCAUGAGGCCCAGCAGGAAGGGCCUGGAGUCCGAGGGAGUGGACGUUUCUUGGUGGGAGGCCCUGCUUCAAGUCAGGGCCACAGCACCAGACCAUCUUGGCUGGGCAGGGCCUGGUACCCCACUCUGGAAGCAUCUAGAAGCACCACCCCGACUUGGCAGAAGAUCUGUGGCAGAGCAGGCUGGCUGGCCCUGAGGCUGGGGCAAGGGGGUGGGGGAGUAUGGCUCCAACAGGCCUCCGACCACACAAACAGACCACCCUCCCCAGGCUUCCCAAGGGUUCAGGUGCUGCUGUGCCCAGAGGUGGCGUUUUUCUUUUGUUGUUUUUCCAAGAGAAAAUGUUAAGUGUGAAGAAUACCUUUUUUUUUUUUUUUUUUUUAAAUUAUCUUCCUUUCCUGGUUGCUGGGUCUGAUGUCAGUCCUGCUGCUAGCUGUCUCCAGCAGUGGCCCAGGGAGUCCCAGGCAGCCCUCUCUGGUUACCAUGAGCUGCCGUGCACUUCUUACACACUCCGUCCCAGCGGCAUCUUCUGGGGCCACCAAGCUGGGCUCGAGGACAGGAGGUGUCAUGGAAUGCUGCCGGACUGUGGGCUCCGGGGAGGAGGUUGGGACGGGCCCACUGCACAGGGUGUCUGGGUAGCUCAGAGCUGCCCAGCCAGAGGCCCUGUCCAGCGGCCUUUCUGUCUGAAGGGAAUGUUUUCUUUUUUUCUGAGAUAAAAUAAAAAUGAGCCAUUUGUGUUUUAAA